AUUUAUGGCUUAUAUUAUUGAGUAUUUACACUAUCAUUGUAAUUAAAAGUGAUCUUGUGAUUCCUAGUCCCUUUGAGAUUAAAAGGCAUAUUGAGAUUCCUAGGCCUUUUGUGGCUUGUACGUGUGGAGCAAGCUCUAAAUCUUCUAAGUAUGAACUUGAACAUUUAUAUAUUCCUUCCAUUCCAAUUAAUCUAUUAAUAAACCCGUUUUUAAAUAGAUAA